UCUCCAGUUGUUGUUGCUGGUUCAGAUCCAAACUCUCCAAGAUGUCUCUCUCCUCCAGAUCCUUCGGCCAGAUGUCCACUGGUCGAAAGACCAUGAGUGUCUACGGUGGAGCAGGGGGUUCUGGCACCCGCAUCUCCGUAGGCCAGAUUGACUACUUGACCCGUUCAGGAGCCAUCAACAUGAAGGAUCUCGAUCUCCACGUUGAUGCCAACGAGAAGGCCACGCUUCAGAACCUGAACGACCGUCUGGCCUCCUACCUGGAGAAGGUGCACAAGCUGGAGAAGGAGAACGAACGUCUGGAAAAGCAGAUCGCAGAGUGGUACACAAGCAAAACUGUGAUCAGCCAUGAUUACAGCGCCUACAUGGCCACCAUCGAAGAUCUGCAGAACAAGAUCCGAGAUGCCACCACAUUCAGCACUGAGAUCUACUUGCAAAUUAAUAAUUCAAAACUGGCUGCUGAAGACUUUAAAAUGAAAUCUGAGAUCGAGCUCAGCAUGAGGCAGGCUGUAGAGGGCGAGAUCGCUGGACUGAAGAGAGUCAUGGAUGAUCUCACUCUGGAGAAAAUGCAUCAGGAGACUCUGUGCGAGUCUCUGAAGGAGGAGCUCAUCAUGUUGAAGAGGGACCACGAGGAGGAAAUCUCUCUGCUGGGGGAGCAGACAGGCGACCAGGUUAACGUGGAGGUCGACGUUCCUUCUCCAGCAGAUCUGAGCCAGACCAUGACGGAGCUCAGGGAGCACUACGAGGCUCUUAUCGCCAAGAACAGCAAGGACGUUGAGAUGUGGUACCACAACAAGAUGACAUCGGAGGGGAAGGUUGUAGAAGAACAAACAACCAGUCUGGAGGGAUUCCGCUUGGAGAUGAAGGACCUGAAGACCACCGUGCAGAGGCUUCAGGUUGAACUGCAGUCCGAUUUCAGUAUGAAAUUAUCUCUGGAAGAAUCUCUGCAAGAGACUCAGCAAGGCUACGCUGCCCAUCUGGCAGGUUUCCAGGUUGUGGUCACGGGCCUGGAAGCUCAGAUUUCAGAAGUUAAUGCUGCGAUAGAGGAGAAGAGGCAGAUGUACGACACUCUUCUGGACCUCACAACCCGUCUGGAGGCAGAGAUUGUAGAGUACAGGAGGCUGCUUGAUGGGGAGGACGGCAGCAGCUCUAAACAAGUGAAAACAGUGGAUGGAAAACAGGCUGACUCCUCCAAGAGCGCUGAUGCGGAUCAGAUGAAGUAAAAAGAAAUGGAAAGAAACCGCAAAAUGCAACAAAGAUGCUGCAGCUCCACUAACGUUUCAUGUGUAUUUGUCAAACACAAAACAGAAUUGUUUCACCUAUUAUACUCAUUCACGUCUCUGUCUUCACAAAUAAAAAUCAAUCUCGCAGUUCCACAACUAAUCUGAACCAGUCUGAGCGCGGCAACUCAGUCCAAUGUUGUUUGUUCAUAUUAAUAUGCACUCAUUGAAAUUAAUGGACUCAAACAUUGCAUGAAAAUCACAGAAUAACACCAGGUAGCAGCCACAGAUCCAUCUUUGAAGAGGAUGGAAUAAGUAGAGAGGGGUAAUUUAAAUGUAUAUAAAAUAUAAUCUGCAGAGUUCUGUUGAAAUAUGUACUUGCAUCUUUUUAUUUGAUGCCGUCUACAUCAAAUAAAAAGAUGCAGGUUACUCAAGGUAACCUGGAGUCAGGCAGACGUUUCAUCAUAUUCACUAGUUUACAAAUAAAGCAUACAUGACAGGUAUUUGCUCCUCUGCCUUCAUCUACAGUGUCUGUAAAAAAUAUUCUCUCUCUCGGGUGUUUUAUCCCUUUGUUGCUUCUACAAAUCAAUCAAAAUCAACAAAAUUGAAUGUUUUUGACUAAAACAAAAAAACUGUCUAACUGA